AGCCCCCACCAGCCCGCCUAGGGAGCGGCUGGUCCCUGAGCCCCAACAAGCUAUUACUUUCUGGAGAUUCUUGCUUCUCCCUGCUGCUCUCAUCCCUCUUGGAGCUCUCCAUCUGGACCCCUGGUCCCAGUCCCUAGAAGAGACAUGGAAGAAUUUUUGCAACGCGCCAAAUCUAAACUGGAUCGAAGUAAACGAUUGGAGAAGGUCCAUGCAGUUAUUGGACCUAAGUCAUGUGACUUGGAUUCUCUGAUUUCUGCCUUCACAUAUGCAUACUUUCUGGACAAGGUCAGUCCACCUGGGGUCCUCUGCUUGCCAGUGAUGAACAUCCCAAGAACUGAAUUCAGCUACUUCACAGAGACAAGGUUUAUUUUAGAAGAGCUGAACAUCUCUGAAUCAUCCCACAUAUUCCGAGAUGAAAUUAACCUGCAUCAGCUGAACGAUGAAGGAAAACUGUCCAUAACGCUUGUGGGCAGCCACGUCCUGGGGAGUGAGGACAGAAGUUUGGAAGCGGCGGUUGUCAGAGUCAUUAACCCCGAUGAGCAGAGCGAUGGCGAGCUGGGGUUGCCUGAGUCUUCUUCCUCGCUGGUGCUGAAGGAGCUCCUGCGCGAGGCCCCCGAGCUCAUCACCCAGCAGCUGGCACAUCUCCUCAGAGGUGAGGGCGACACUGCCAGAGUAAAGACGGGAGGCUUAAUGGGCUGGUUCUGGGCCUGCUCAUGCAGAAAGAGUGCGAUCCAUUCUUGGGUUAACAAUCCCUUUAAAGACCCCGGGAGCUCCAUCAGAGAGGCAGGGAGUAAAGGGUUUGUUAAAGAGUAGCAUUAUAUUGAAUAUUAAAAAUGUGCAUUUAGAAACAGGCACAAGGGCCUGUGCUGUUUCACUAGACAAGAAUGUUAAAUGGGGCUGCUGCAUCGUGGUUGCAGAGAGAGCUGCUCCUCAAGCUGUGUUAAUAGCCUCCAAAGGAGAUUCUCGCCUGUGACAGCGAGAGUGCAGAUCAGAAUUCCCUGUUUCUGUGGCCUUGGAGUAUCCCCUUAUCCUUAUGCAUGCUUGGCUUAUAGAAUCCUGCCUGCCAGGCAAAAUGUUCACCUUUGUUUCAAUGAUAUGAUGGAGGGCCCUGCAGCUUGAUCUUUCACUGGUUGCAGUUAACAAGGACUUCCUUUUCUGCAUGGUAUUGUCACAAUCAACCUUCGGUAUCCAUGGCCUCCACCUCACGAACACAACCAAAACAAUCACUUUAAACUGUUUGUAUCAACACAGUGAAGGAUCUUGUAGAUCUUGCCUUUUGCUCUAGCUGCCUCACUGGCAAUCGGUCUUAAGUGUAUUUGUUCUUACUUUUCCUUCUCCUAGAGCACACUUGGUAUUUGUUAUUUUUGUAUAUAGUUUUGUAUCAAGCCUAAAUCUUUUCUUUAGAUUAAAAGGGGAACUAUUGUGAGAUACCCACCCCACCAGCACCUGUAGCGGGCAUGGUCAUGGGUGCAGACAUGACGGGGUGGGUUUAGGUCUGGGAUUAGGACAGGUGACUGUGGCUCUCUUGCUUCUGGUCGGGUGACAGAGGGCAGCCUGGGUGAGUCCUUGGAGCUGGAACUUGCGGCAGUUACCCAGUUCUUGUAUGAGUGCAUUCUCCCUGAAUAAACUUCACUUAACCUGUA